GAGACAUAUGAAUAAUACCAGGGACAGUGUUUAAGAUCCUAUGAUAAAUUUUCCAAAGUUUGAUAGGUUCUCUUGUUGCUAAUUGUCGAAAUGAAGUCAAAUUCCACUACGCGAGCUAUUCUUCUACAUCUUCUUUUUCUUCUUGCAAGUGUUCAUGCCACUGACAAUGAGAAGAAACGAUACGACGGUUAUAGACUGUACAAAGUUUUUGUGUCAGAUACUACGGGUUUAGAACUAUUAAGGAACAUGUACGACGACGAUGGUUACCAUUUAUGGCAUCCACCGAGUAUCAACAACACCGCAGAAGUGAUGAUCGCCCCGGCAAAGAUCCAAGAAUUCAUGGAAAAAGUGAACACGUCGAAGCUUGAACCGGAAUUGAUGAUGGACAACGUGCAAAGGUAUAUCGACGAUGAGAAUCCUCGUAGCAAUAUAAGAGGUGGUUUCGACUGGCUGGGUUAUCACCGAUUGGAUUCUAUUUAUAGCUGGCUAGAUUCCCUCGUAACGCAGUAUCCUAAGAUAGUGAAACCAAUCACCGGUGGAAGUAGCUACGAAGGCAGGAGUAUCAGAGGCGUAAAGAUUUCCUAUAAGGAAGGAAAUCCUGGUAUAUUUCUCGAAGGCGGAAUACACGCCAGAGAAUGGAUAUCACCCGCUGUUGUCACCUACAUCCUGAACGAAUUGAUCCUUAGCGAUGACUCUCGUGUCAGAUAUAUGGCGCAGUCGUACGAUUGGUAUAUUUUCCCUGUAUUCAAUCCUGAUGGCUACGAGUACACUCAUACUAUGAAUCGUCUAUGGCGGAAAACCAGAAGACCUUCCGGGAGGGGUUGUUACGGAGCUGAUCCGAACAGGAACUGGAAUUUCCAUUGGGCAGAGGGUGGUACCAGCCGAAAUCCAUGCAGCGAUAUAUACCCUGGUGAAAAAGCAUUCUCUGAAACAGAAACAAGAACCAUGUCACGAUAUAUCGACAGUAUCCAUGACAAAAUAUUCUCCUACGUAGCGUUCCACAGUUACAGUCAAUUGUUGCUCAUCCCUUACGGACAUACUAGCAAGAGGAUCAGCAACUACAACGAUCUCUUCCAAAUAGGAAAUUAUUCCAUAAAUGCUUUGUUGAAGAGAUAUGGAACGCGAUACCAAGUUGGCAAUAUCGUCGACGUUAUAUACGUUGCGUCAGGAGGUUCGAUGGAUUGGGUGCGGGGCACCUAUAACAUUCCCGUUACAUACACUUACGAACUUCGAGACACAGGAAGAUACGGCUUUAUUCUGCCAGCAAGUCAAAUUAUACCCACUGCAAAGGAAACCUUGGAUUCCUUGGUCGUUAUGUUCCAACAGGCUGCGAAACUUGGCUAUGGCAUAUCCGCGAACAACACCACGUAUAGAACGUUUAAAUACAGAGAUGGAAGUAGCAGCGGCACAAUCACCUUUGGUGACUAUACAGGGAAAAGCAUCAUGUGGAAGUUAAUUUUGGUCGCUUUGGUCGCUUUGGCGACAGCCGAGAAAGUAAGGUACGACAACUACAAGGUGUUCCGUGUCGUACCUCAGACGGAAGAACAGGUGGAAGUCAUACGCCACUUGGAAGAAGUUUCCGAUGCGUUCUCUUUCUGGAAAGAGCCAAACGCUAUCCAGCACCCCGCGGACGUGAUGGUUGCCCCACACAAAAUCCCCGACUUCCACGAGACCAUGAAGAUGUUCGACAUCCCCUACGACGUCUACGUCAGCGACGUUCAAACUUUGAUCGACAGUGAAAUGCCACCAGCUCAACCUCUGGCUACGUUCGACUUAAACCGCUACCACACGCUCGAUGAAAUCUACGCUCAUUUGAACGAUCUGGCCAAAGCAAACCCCGGAAAAGUGCAAGUGAUCGUCGGUGGAAAAACGCACGAGGGUCGUCAAAUCAAAGGAGUGAAAUUGUCCUUCGGUAAGGCCAAACACGGAGUCGUGUUGGAGGCUGGAAUCCACGCCAGAGAAUGGAUCGGACCGGCUACCAUUCUGUACAUACUCAACGAACUUCUAACCAGCAAGAAUGCCGAUGUCAGGGCACUCGCUGAAUCUCACGACUGGUACAUCUUCCCUGUCACCAACCCCGAUGGAUUCGUAUACACUCACACGAGCAACCGUCUGUGGAGAAAGACUCGCAAACCAUACGGUGUCUUGUGCUACGGAAGUGACCCUAACAGGAACUGGGGAUACAAAUGGAUGUCUGGUGGUGCUAGCAACCAGCCAUGCUCCGAAACUUACGCUGGAAGCUCUGCAUUCUCCGAUAUUGAAACGAAAAGUCUAUCGGAAUAUUUAACGUCGAUCUCUAGCAAAUUCUCUGCCUACAUUGCUUUCCACAGCUACUCUCAGCUUCUAAUGUUCCCCUAUGGCCACACCAAACAGCAUUUGGAAAAUUACGAUGAUUCUCUGCAAAUCGGUAAGAAAUCGAUCCAAGCUCUCGCUAAGCGCUACGGAACCAAAUACACGACCGGAAACAUCGCCGAAACCAUUUAUAUCGCGAGCGGAAGUUCAAUGGACUGGGUGAAGGGAACAUUCCACAAACCAAUCACCUUCACCUACGAAUUACGUGACACUGGUCGCCAUGGUUUCGUGCUUCCGGCUGAUCAAAUCGCCCCUAACUCAUUGGAAACCCUGGAUUCUUUAGUCGCCAUGUUCAAGGAAGCUAAAGCUCGAGGAUACGAAUAAGCUACAGACUGCAGAAUAAACUACAAACAAGAUUAAUCGAUAUAAAUAAACGAACGAAUUAAAACGAAUAAUGUACAACGAAUAUUGUUAAAUUUUUUUAAUAUAUUUA